GGGGACAGAAGUCCAGACCCUUGAGAUUGCAGGUUACUACUAAUACUUUUGAAUCUGCGAUGAUCCGUCGCUUUUAUGUUGAAGAGGCGGAAGUGCGCACGUACUACGCGCGCUUGCACCCCCGGAAGCAGGAAACGGAGUAUCUCGGAAGUUAAGUCGAGUUCAGGCCCCUAAGCGAACUAAAAAUGGCUAACGUUUGCGUUAAAAAUUUAAUUCUGGAGCUCCACGAGGUGAACGCGGUGAAGUUUGGGGAGUACAAGCUGAAGAGCGGCAUGAUGGCACCAAUUUACAUCGACCUGAGGGUUCUUGUGUCUCAUCCAAAACUCAUGAACCAGGUUUCAAGUCUCAUCUACCAGCGGGUGCAAGAGAAGGAACUGCAGUUUGACUCUGUGUGUGGGGUUCCAUACACAGCGCUGCCUCUGGCCACAAUUAUCUGCUCCACGAAUGAGCUACCCAUGCUCAUCAGGCGAAAGGAGGCCAAGGACUACGGCACAAAGCGGAUGGUGGAGGGCUCGUUCCGUGAGGGGGAUACCUGUCUGAUCAUUGAGGACACGGUGACCACUGGCAGCAGUAUCCUGGAGACAGCUCAAGUGCUCAACAAAGAGGGGCUGAAGGUGAAUGACGCCAUCGUGCUCAUGGACAGAGAACAAGGUGGUGCAGAGAUGUUGGACUCUCAAGGAAUCAGGCUUCAUCCCAUCAUCCCCUUGUCCAAGGUGCUCGACGUGCUGCAGACUGCCGAACGCAUCGACGCCCAAACCGUCCGAAGUGUCCGCAAGUUCAUCCAGGAAAAUAAUACUUUUAGCCCCAAGAAGGAGAAUGAUAACAGCACCCCCACCCCCAAGAAGCAACGUGUGGAGCAGGAGCUGAGACUGAGCUAUGCGGACAGAGCCAAGCUACCAAAUGUUCACCCUGUGGCAUCGAAGCUGCUGAACAUCAUGGAGGAGAAGCAGUCCAACCUCUGCGUUUCUGCUGACGUGACCAGCAGCGAGGAGCUGCUCCAACUCGCAGAUCGUCUUGGUCCGAAGAUCUGCAUGCUGAAGACCCACAUCGACAUCCUCGAGGACUUCACAGGGAACUUCUGCGAGAAACUCCAGGCCUUGGCUGAGAAACACAACUUCCUCAUCUUUGAAGAUCGCAAGUUCGCCGACAUUGGGAACACAGUCAAGCAUCAAUAUGAAGGCGGCGUAUAUCGGAUCUCAUCAUGGUCCCACAUAGUGAAUGCUCAUGUGGUGCCGGGGCCCGGCGUCGUGAAGGGUCUGAGCGCAGUAGGAAAACCUCUGGGCCGAGGAUGUUUGCUCGUAGCUGAGAUGACCUCGCAAGGCUCACUGGCUACCGGUGAAUACACAAAAGCAUCGCUGCACAUGGCAGAGGAGCACUCGGACUUUGUGAUUGGAUUUAUCUGUGUCUCUAAGAUCAGUCAGAGGCCGGGGUUCAUCCACAUGACCCCUGGAGUGCAGAUGCAAGCUGGAGGAGAUUUGCUGGGACAGCAGUACACCACCCCAGAGGAAGUCAUCUACAACAAAGGCUCUGAUGUCAUCAUUGUGGGACGAGGCAUCUUGGAGGCCCCUGAUAGGCUGAAAGCUGCCGAGUCCUACAGAAAGUCGGGCUGGGACGCUUACACAAAGAGCUUGAACCAGUGUCCAAUAGGAGCCAAUGGGUUGCAUGUGUAGCAUUACCUCGAAUUUCAGAUUUAAACUACAGCUGUAAUUUGAACCAUUUUCUAGGAACACAGUUGUAUUCAUAGUUAGACUGUAGAUAUGUGCAUCUACACACAACGCUGCCACAUCCAAAUGCACACAGUGCACACGGUCUAUAAACAUCUCCAAGGACACUUGCCAAAUAAAGGGAAUCGGAUAUCAUACCAUUGAACAUUUAUCAAAGUUUUUACAAAUCUGUCCUAUUAAUGAGUUUUUUUAUAAUGUAGUAUGUAGUAAUUACGUUCUCCAAAACUGCCGGGUUGUUUCUGAUUUGUCUUUUAAUGCAGGACCACUUAGGGGUCAUUCCCUCAUCAAGGAAACGGCUUCUGGUCGAAUUUAAGCUUUUCUUUCUCACAAACCCAUAUAAAAGAACACAUGGUGUUCAUAAUGAUGGUGGGAUUAUCAUGUACUAUCAUAUAAAAGUUAAACGCCAAUAUUUAGGGAAAAACUAAUUUGGAUGGCCACUAAUAGUUUUUUUUUGGGGGGGGGGGUCCAAUUGGUCAUAUAAAAUGAGGAGCUAGUCUUGUACACACUGCUAUAGUUGUGUAAGUUCAGACAUUUUAAAGGCUACAGGGCAGUUACGAAUUAAAAAAAUAAAUAAAUACAUAAAAAUGAAGAAUCCAUUUUGAAUUGCAGUACUAAGUGACAUAGCCUGAAGUUUAUUUUGUUUUUUAAGGGUAACACUCGAUUGAUUUGACUGAGCAGUGGUAGGUCAGCUUGCUAUUUAUUUUCCAGCCACUGGUAGUAUUAGAUCUUAUUAAUGAUGUCAUUAGUGUGGCCUCAAACUGCUGUGAAUCACAGGAAAAGGGAGUGUAGAUUUGUCUGGGUUAGCUAUUAGAAUUGCCUUGAUUACGUCCGGUGUCUGCCGUCCUUAUGUAGAAUAACACACUGAGGGGAAGUAAAAUGAGAAUUGACUCACAGCUGCUGUUUACACUGGCAGUUCAACUUGUGUCACUUCCUUUGUAAAGCGGAUACGAGUUAAAUGCUGCAAACAGUGCCCCGGAGUCAUGACCGGUACAGGUACAACCAUAGGCACCGGUCCUGUUGGAGUUGGUGGAUUUUUUUUUUUUUUCUUGCAGAGACCUUGUUAGGUGUUUCCCUCCUUUAUUAACAGAAAUAAUAAAUUUUAAUUUUUCUAAAACGAGGUUAAAUAAAUAAAUCUUACGUUGAAAAAUCA